AUGGGAUUGUGCUUGUCACGCGAUAAUAAAUCAACUGUGAAGAAGAGCCCUCCGUCAAAACGGAUCACUAACCGCUCGGCGGCCGGUGGCGGUGGGAGCAUGAGGAUUCGAUCUUUGAGGAAAGAGGACGACAUAAUUCACGAGCAGGCGUUGGCGGCGGCGUUACUUCUUCAGCAGCAGUUGAAGAACGGCAGCGCUGCUCCGUUUGAUCGGUCGAGUUCCUUGAGGUAUCCGAGUGGGAACUCUAAGAGGAAUCAGGCGUUGAAUCGGAGCUCGAGCUCCCGGACGCGAUCCCUCACCGAUCCUCUGCUUCAACCUCACCAACUUUUCAAUCAGGAUAUCAAACUUGACAAUAUAGACACCAACCAUUUUGUCCUUGUCCAUGGUGGUGGUUUUGGUGCCUGGUGCUGGUAUAAAACUAUUGCUCUGUUAGAAGAAGGUGGAUAUAAAGUUACUGCAAUAGAUUUGACUGGUUCCAGGAUUCAUUCAUUUGACAUAGAUAGCUUUACAAGUCUUCCUCAAUAUGUGAAGCCACUUACUGAUUUUUUCGAAAAGUUUGCUGAUGGGGAGAAUUUGUUUCCAUCUAUGGCUGGGGGGAGGGGGACAGAAUUAGAAUAG